AUGGAAAGUUUCUCUUCAAAGCUUCAUAAAACCAGAAGUGCGCUUCAGGUUUGGAGAAAGACUGCUUUUGGAGAUUGUGACUUAAUGAUAAAACAUUUAGAGGAGCGGUUAGCAUGGAUUCAGAAUCAAAACUUAUUGCCUCAUCUUGCAUCCGAGGAGAAAGAUAUUCUCCAAAAUCUGAAUAUGUGGUGGUUGCGAAAGGAGAGUAUCAACAGACAGAAAUCAAGGGAGGUGUGGCUUAGGCUUGGUGACCGGAAUUCUCGGUUCUUUCAUACUGCUACUGCUGUUCGUAGUCGAAGAAAUCAAAUUUGGUCCCUCAAGGAUAAAUUUGGUAGAUCGUGGGAUGAAAGAGAGAAAAUCUCAGGUAUUAUCAAUGAUUAUUUUUAUAACCUUUUCUCCUCUGGUCAUCCUUCAAUCCCCGGCGAUUUUGAUUCUCUAUUUUACGUGAAAGUGGAUGAGAAUGCAAACACUCGUUAUCUAAUCCAUAAUCCUGAGAAGAUUGAACAGUUUCGUCCAAUCAGUUUGUGUAACUUUCUCUACAAGGUUGUUGCAAAGAUCAUUGCAAAUAGGUUACGCCCUAUUAUGAAUGAUUUAGUUUCGCCUCUUCAGUCGGCUUUUAUUCCGGGAAGAUGGAUUGCAGAAUCUUCUAUCCUGACACAAGAAAUUGUUUAUAAGAUUAGGCAAAAGAAAGGGAAGGGUGGUUUAAUGGCGGUCAAGCUUGAUAUGCUCAAAGCAUACGACAGAAUGGAAUGGUCCUUCAUUGAAAGAGUUCUGAUGGCUAAUGGUUUCGACUCUAAAGUUUGUCAUCUGAUUAUGGCUUGUGUGAGAAGUGUGUCUUAUUCUGUUUUGCUCAAUGGUAGUCCGAUAAAGAAAAUUGUUCCUCAGAGGGGUUUGCGUCAAGGAGAUCCUUUGUCCCCUUUUUUAUUCUUACUUUGUCAAGAGGUUCUCUCAAAACUUCUGUUGAAAGCUGAGUCUGAUGGGUUGGUUCAUGGAAUUAAAAUAGCAUCAUCGGCUCCUCCCAUUAAUCAUCUCAUGUUUGCCGAUGAUACUAUUUUGUUCUGUAGGGCCAAUGAAGGGGAAGCUGAGACUAUUAUUCAAUGUUUGUCAACUUAUGAACAAUGGUCUGGGCAAAAGUGUAGCAUGUCAAAAUCCAGUGUUCUUUUCUCUUCAAACUUAAUCCAUACCCGUAAGCAAUCUCUGCUGAAUUGCUUAAAGGUUUCCCAAGUUACUGGAGACGAAUUGCAUCUGGGGAACCCCUUCGUGUUCAAAAGAAGGAAGAAGGAAGAUUACACCAAGUUGAGGUUGAGUUUGACAAAGCGUUUGGAAGGUUGGAAAUUGAAACUGUUAUCCUAUGCGGGUAGGCUCACUCUCAUUAAGUCAGUGGCUGCUUCCAUUCCCGUUUACAGGAUGUCAACCAACGAGAUUCCCCUUUCCAUCUGCAGAAGUUUGGACGCGUUGGUGAGAAAGUUCUGGUGGACUGGGAAUGUGAACAAAGACAGAUUUAUGGCUUUCAAAUCCUGGGAUAUCAUUUGUCAACCAAAAUCUCAUGGUGGCCUGGGAAUUCGAAAAUUUGAAGACAUGAACAAGGCUCUCUUAUCGAAACUUGCUUGGCAUGUUGCUUCCCAUGCCCCUAAACCUUGGGUUCAAUGUCUUUUGAGCAAAUACUGCCAUCAUGGUUCUUUUUGGAAUGUUGAACACAAGGCAAACGAAUCCUAUGUUUGGAAAGGAAUCUUAAAUACAAGAGAGCUUAUUCUUAAAGGUUCAGUUUCUAUGGCUGCUAGUGGGGUCUCUAUUGAUUUUUGGAAACAACCUUGGAUUCCUUGGUUAAGUUGGAGUGAUUUUAAUGAUUUGAUGAAAAAGUUAAGAGGGAAAGGUUUUACUAUAAGAUCUUUGGCUGAUUUAUCCCUGGAGGGUAGAUGGGAUCAGGAAGUGGUUUCCCAAAUUUUUGAUGAGGAGUUUGCAAAGAAGAUCCUGGAUAUCCCUAGACUUCCCAUUCAUCAUGGUGAUCGGCUGGUGUGGAAAAACAGGAAGAAUGGUGUUUUCUCCGUUAAGGAUGCUUAUUAUGUAGACCAGGUUUCUAGUUUUAGACCUUCUCUGGAGAUUUGGAAGCACAUUUGGCAUUCAUCUAUUCACCCUAGAGUGUCAAUUAUGCUUUGGAGAAUUCUCAAUGAGGCUCUUCCUACGAAAUCUAGGCUUCCAUUUCUAUCGGAGAAGACUUGUUUCUUGUGUGGGUGUGCUGAAGAGAACUGUCUGCAUUUGUUCAAAGAGUGUUCUGUGGUUAAAGCAAUUUGGUUUACUGGUUUAUUCCCCUGCCACCUUGAUUCCAUCCCUGGUGAUUCAUUGAUUCAGGCUUUAGAAGCCAUUUGCACUACGUUCUCGAGUGUCAAAAGGCCACAGAUCCUUCUUUAUUUUGGCUGUGUUGCGUUGGCUAUUUGGCAGCAAAGAAACUUAAUGAGAUUAAAAGGAGGGGCUGUGAAUUUUGAUAAAAUUAUGUUUUCGUUCUCUUCCUCUUUAAACGAUUUUGCUUGCCUUUCUCUUCCUGUUGGUAAUCCAGGGGCUGUUACUAGUCCUCUCUCUGCUGAAAUUUGUAGAAAGGGUGUGGAUAUGGUGCUCGUAGUUGAUGCUUCUUGGCGUGAUGGUGUUGCGGGUUUGGCGGCUGUUAUGACAAACUUCGUUAAUGGGAGCUGGGCUUAUAAGACUGCCCAGGUGAAAGCGACUUCUCCUCUGGAAGCUGAAGCGAGAGCGGUUCUUCUGGCUCUGGCGUGGGCAGCUAGUUCCGAUUGGAAGUCUAUUCACCUGUUCUCGGACUCUUCGAUAGUUAUUAACAAUUUUUCUAAGGAUAGAAUCCUUCCUGAUUGGCUAAUUAUGGAUGUCUCAUUUUCUGUUUUAGACUUGGUAAAGUUGUUUGACGUGUGUAAGUUUUCUUUUAUUCCUCGUCGGUUAAACUCUGUGGCGGAUGGCCUUGCCGGGAGUACUAGAAUUUCUAGUCCAAAGGCAGGAUUGUUCCUUGGGGAGGGAAUUUCCCCUGUGAUUCCCAUCUUUUGCUCUUGUUGUUAA